AUGCAUUUGGUGCACUAUAACAACAAGUACAACCCUUCCGAUGCCAACAAGCAACCUGAUGGACUGGCUGUUCUUGGCGUUCUAUUUAUGAUCUCUAAAGAAGAUAACCAGAACCUCUCCGCAAUUAUUGAUAAGUUGUCGAGUAUUCAGUACAGAAAUUCUGAAGUCAAACUGGAUAAAGAACUAAAGUUGAAAUCAUUACUUCCGGAUACAUUCCCGUAUUUCCGAUACACAGGCUCGCUUACCACGCCCCCUUGCAGCGAAGUAGUCACAUGGACUGUGUUUGUCGAUACUGUUCAAAUCAGUACAGCACAG